UGAAAUGUAUCUUGGCAUCUCUGCAGCAUCUGCUUUGAGUCAAGUUCCUUCUGCCCUGGCCUUGCGUCAACAGAUUUCAAAGCACUCAAUGCCUCGUAAAGUUGUUAAACUCCAUCGUCUUGAAGACCUCUUCUGUGAGACAAGUACUGAUAAAAGUAUGAAGCUACAAGUUUUGCAAGACAUAACAGAGAAUUUCUCGGUGGAUACGGUGAUUGGUAGUGGUGGAUUCGCAGUGGUUCACAAGGGAAAGCUUGAAGAUGGUUGUGUAGCUGUGAAGAAGUUCCACGAAGUACUAGAGUACAAAUCAUUUGAGCGUGAGGUUGACUGUCUGAUAAGGAUUAAGCACCAAAAUAUAGUACGAUGUAUCGGUUAUUAUGCUGGAGAACAAAAAAAGAUGGUGAUGAUGGACGGCAAGAAUCUUUUGGUAGGAGUUCGACACCAACUGAUUUGUUUCGAGUAUCUUCACAAUGGAAGCCUUCGCAGGAAUCUUGAUGACGACUAUCAUUGUUGGAGUCAGUGGAACAUGUGUUAUGAUACUAUCCGAGGAAUUUGUCUCGGUCUGCACCAUCUUCAUGAGCACAGGAUACUUCAUGGAGAUAUCAAACCAGAUAAUAUACUGCUUGGUGAUGACAUGACUCCAAAAAUUGCGGAUUUUGGUUUGUCAAGGCUGUUGGAGCAAGGAAAAAGCCGAAUUCUCAUUGAAAAAAAAUAUGGAACACAGGGAUACACCGCACCAGAGUACACAAACAAUGGGGAAUUUACUAUCAAAUCAGACAUAUAUAGUUUGGGUGUUUUAAUAGAAAACAUACUAAAUAAUGGACAACACACGAUAUCCAUGGAUGAUACACUGGGCAAGUGGAGUGGAAGGUUGGACCAGCUCGAUGCAUCUGAGAAGCACACACAACUGGAACAAGUGAGAGCAUGCAUCGACAUAUCAAAAAGGUGCAGACAACAUGAACCAGAGAGUAGACCUGUUACACAGGAUAUCCUCGGUUCCCUUGGUGUUGACACUUCUUCCUUACCGGUAUCGGUACAGCCGCAGGCAUCAAUCACAGGCAUGGAGUCAAUGGUGCAGGCCGAGCCAUCAUUGGAGGGAGAAACCGGCCGCACGUCCAAGAUGCUUCAAUCGGAAUCGUUGCUGAUUGCCAACAACAAGCCCCGUCACUGGAGAUGGAUAUCCCUCCCAGAUUCCAGGUUUGCCAAGUAUGCGGAGCUCCUGAGUGUGUACUUCCUCGCGAUCAGCGGAGAGGUCUCACCAGCAGACCUUUGCGCCGGUGCAAGCUACACCGUUUACCUAGUGUACAAGCUGGCGAGCAGCUCCUGUGGCUUGAGAGGUUUCGUGCAGACGUCGUCGCUUAGGCUCCACGGGGAGCAUACCGUCGCCACCAGCAAGGUUAGCCUCGGCCAGGAAGCGUGCGCAUCGGACAGCGAUGUUACCUACCCUGUCCCGAGGAGCGAUGGCUGGUUGGAGCUUAAGCUGGCGGAGUUCACAAAUGAUGACGAGAUGCGACAAGAGAAGGGGGUGAUCGUGGAUCUCCGUGAGGAGAACGUCGCCGUGGAGAAGAGAGGACUCAUCGUGGAGGGCAUGGAGUUCAGGAGCAAUUAGCUGUGCUCAUGUCAUUUGUGGCCAUGCUAUUCAGGGAUUUGAUAUGUAAUAAGCCCAGCUUGGCAAACAUACAUUCAUGUUAGUCUCAAAUCACGUAAAUUUCUUACUGUUAAACCAAAAGCAUUAUGUUCUACUUGUAUUUUCUUAUAUUUAGAUUUUUUUUUCUUGUAAGCACAUGAACACUUGUUCAGAUGAACUUGAACAAUUUUUUCAAUACACAAACAUCAUUUUGUUUUAAGUUCUACCAACCAUUUCUGUCACAUAUAAGAACAAAUUCCAAAUAAAGACAUGAUUCUUGUAAUAUCCACAUGGUUUUUUUUUCUUAUUUUUGAUAUAGCUUACAAUUCAUGCCGAAUAGUACAUGAAUAACUUUUUGCGACACAUGAAUGAAUCUUUUGAAAUAUAAUAAUAUAUAUU